AUGAGAAUCAUUUUCUUCUUCUCUUGCCUUGUCCUGGCCAUCUCUGCCUACACUCAGCGCCGUCUAACCGCUGAAGAAAGAGCUGCCAUCUUGAACCAACACAACAUGUACAAGAGAAAGGUGGCCAAUGGACAACAAGAAGCCCGUGACGGCAAACUUCCAACAGCUGCUGACAUGAGAGCUUAUGAAUAUGACGUCAGCAUUGAGGACUUGGCCUUCGAAUGGGCCAGUAACUGUGUCUGGAAACAUUCAUCCGACCACGGUGGAGAGAAUAUUUACGCGGUUUCUGGAGAGGAUAACGUAACUGCCAUUGCAAUUUCCUCUGUUGACAGUUGGUUCAGCGAGGUCAAGGGAUUCAACGUCAGCAAUGUAGCCGACUUUGAAGUUGAUCCAAAUGUGGUUACUGGACAUUUCACUCAAGUCAGUUCUCCCCUUUAUUGUCAUUUUUUUUAUUGUUUUUCAGGUUAUCUGGGGCAAGUCCUACCGUCUUGGCUGUGCUAUCGCCCAUUGUUCUUCAAUCGAGAACCUUUCUUCGGGCUUUGACAAUGGAUAUUUCGCCGUUUGCAACUAUGAAGACCGCGGAAAUUACAUUUCCUGGCCUGUCUACACUUCCGGUGAUAUCUGUUCCAAGUGCCCUGAAGGCACCACUUGCGAAGAUUCUCUGUGUGUCUUGCCUUUGGAAUCUACCACGGCCUCCGUUCAGUCGACCACUGAAGAGUACUCCGUUGGAUCGACAACUGAAGAAUCCUCCGUUCAGUCGACCACUGAAGAAUACUCCACUCAAUCGACCACUGAAGAAGGCUCUAGCAGCGGUGAGGAAGGUGUAUCCACUACUCUUGGACCGGACAGCGUUCAGAUUUUUUAA